CCGUCCCGCGGCGCCGCGCUUCGCCCCCAACCGCGUCGCGUGUCCAAAUCAUUCUGCGGCCUGCUGGAGGGCAGCACCAGGUAUCAUCAGUCUACUAGCGUCCACCACCCUACUCCCAGUUACGAGAAGCACUCGCGGGCACCAGCUCAGCUCAGCUCAGCUAACCUCCCGCGCCGCGGCCGGAAACCAGAGCGGCGCCCGCGGCCCGCGCCGAGCAUAAAGCCGGCGCUCGUGGCAUUCCGAUCCCCUGUUCGGUUCUAGUGCUCUGUUCGGUUCUGUUCUCCCGAGUGAAACCAAUUCGAGCCUCUUCUCGUCUCCGACCUCGAGCUCGGUCCGUGGCCGUCGCCAUGAGGAGCGCCGCGUCCCUGUCCCUCGUCUUGCUCAUGGUCUUCCUCGCGGUCCCGGCCCCGGCUCGCGGCUGCGACCGCUGCGUGCGCCGCUCCAAGGCCACCUACCAGGCCUCCUCGCUCGCCCUCAACGCCGGUUCGUGCGGGUACGGCUCCCUGGCCGCGUCCUUCAACGGCGGCUUCCUCGCCGCGGCGGGCCCCGAGCUCUACCGGGGCGGCGUCGGCUGCGGCGCCUGCUUCCAGGUGCGGUGCCGGGACAGCGAGCUCUGCAGCGCCGCCGGCGCCAAGGUGGUGGUGACUGACCAGGCGCGGACCUCGAGCCGCACGGGCCUGGCGCUGAGCGGCGCGGCGUACGCGACCAUGGCGCGCGCCGGCAUGGCCGCGCGGCUCAGGGCGCGGCGCGUCGUGGACGUCGAGUACAAGAGGAUCCCGUGCGAGUACGCGAACCGCAACCUGUCGAUCCGCGUGGAGGAGAAGAGCCGGCCGCCGAGCGAGCUGUCCAUCCGGUUCCUCUACCAGGGCGGCCAGACCGACAUCGUCGCCGUCGACGUCGCCACGGUGGGGUCGUCCAACUGGCGGUUCAUGACGCGGGAGCACGGGCCGGCGUGGAGCACGGCGCAGGCGCCGGCGGGGCCGCUGCAGCUCCGGCUGGUGGUGACCGGCGGGUACGACGGCAAGUGGGUGUGGGCGGAGUCGGAGGUGCUGCCGCGGCGGUGGGAGGCCGGCCGGGUCUACGACGCCGGGGUGCAGGUCGCCGACGUCGCGCAGGAAGGGUGCUACCCCUGCGACACGCACGAGUGGCAGUGACGUCGCGCGCGCACGCGCAGCCUGGAUUGUAAAACUGUACAGCCCUUGUUUGCCUUUUUUGUGUCUUUUUUCUGGACCGUCCGUUUCUGGACGGAUGGACGGAUGGAUGAAAGUGCGAAAUGAUGAAUCGAAUGGGAGAGUCAAACGUGCCGUUGCAA